AGUAUAGAGUGAGUGAGUCACUCCUACAGUCAACCUUGAAAAACAUGCAAUGUUGGACGAGAGUAAGUUUGACUUGAAGCUGAAAUUGUGGGCUCUUCGAAUUCCUCGUGAACUCUGCAAGCGUGUCAGUGGCAUACUGAAUGGAUAUUUGCUGGAUAAGGCCCGUGUCAAACCCAUCACUGAAGAUCCAUCAUGUGAAAGGAACCGUUACGUAAUAUUAUCUGAAAGGAUCAAACAGCCUGACCUAUCUGACAUUCCGGAUCAAACACUGGAUGCUUUGAAGAAAUUAUGCAAGAUUGAAGUCAUCCCAUAUUCACUGACGCUUGGGUAUUCCUAUUGGGGUGCAGACCAUAUUUUGAAGCAAGUACUGCCCCCUGGAGUGGAGGUACCUUCUUCUUUUGAGACAAUAGGUCACAUUGCUCAUCUGAAUAUAACUGGCGAACUACUUCCCUACAAGGAUGUUAUUGCAAGGGUUAUUUAUGAUAAAAACCAGCCAAGAAUAAAAACUGUAGUGAAUAAAGUUGGAACCAUUACGAAUGAGUUCCGAGUACCGAAAUUUGAAAUUCUGGUUGGGAAAGAUGACAUGGUCAGUGAAGUCAAGCAGUAUGGAGCCACGUUCAAGCUUGACUAUGGCUUGGUCUAUUGGAACUCGAGACUUGAACACGAACACAUUCGGCUAGUUUCUCAGUUUCGUGCAGGAGAUACCAUUUGUGACAUGUUUGCUGGCAUUGGUCCUUUUGCAAUCCCAGCUGCACAGAAAGGAUGUGUUGUGUAUGCAAAUGACUUGAACCCAAAUAGCACGCAUUAUCUGAAGGUUAAUGCUAAGGUCAACAAAGUGGAAGAUCGUGUUCAUGUGUACAAUAUGGAUGCGAGGGCAUUUAUGUACCAUUUAUUGGCAGUGCCGGUUUGUGAUGUCAAAUCAGAAUCCGAAGUUACUGUCCCCAAAGCUUGUGGAAACUACAACUCGCCAGCUAAUGGAGAAGAAACUUUGGAAGAUGGAAGGUCAACAGUUGAAACAAAAGAAAUAGCAGUUGGUGGUGCAAACGGCCAAGAAAGUUCAUGCAUGAGUGUUGAUGAUGCUGCUAAAAGACGUUCGGAAAAUUGUGAAGGUAGUUCAGAAGAUAGUGGUAUGAAUGGAACCGUUAUAACUGCACUCAGUAGGAGAGAGGGGGGCACAAACAAGAGGAUGAGAGGCUGUACAUUAUCAAAUACCAACACCUGGGAGCAUUUUGAUCAUGUGAUUAUGAAUCUACCUGCUUCUGCUUUGAAAUUUCUUGACGUUUUUAGAGGCUUCCAAAGAAAACGUUGGAAGGGUCCUUUACCUUGGAUUCAUUGCUAUGGCUUCUUGCGAUCAAUUGAAACAAAAGAAUCAGUAAUUGCUGAGGCUGAGGCUACUUUGAAUGCUAAGAUACAAGACCCAAUAUUUCACACAGUUAGGGAUGUUGCUCCGAACAAGGUGAUGAUUUGCUUAAGCUUCCGGUUGCCAGAAGAAGCCUGUUUCAAAGAGGACAAUGCAAAUGAUACUAACAGUACCCCUGGGUUUGCCGAGGUUGUGGGUGCUGUUUCCAACCAAGAUUUGAAGAACCAGUCCUGAAAUACGAAGCAACCCAAAUCACAUUCGCUUUCUAUUAUCUUUCUAAUGCAAGUACGAUGAGGGAAAUUGCAUGUUGAAAUGCACCCCAGGGUGGUCUUGCUCACAUUUUCUAGCAUUUCAUUACCAUAUUCGAGCAUACUGUUAGAGAUUAUGAAAUUUAGAAAUUUUCUGAUUUUUAAUUAACCCUUGUUGUACAGAUCCUCGUAUAGAUUUUGUCAAUUAUCUAUGAAUAAAACAAAAUUAUAAACCCUGAA